AUGACGAUCAAACCGGCGGUUCGCAUAUCCGAGCGGAAGCUGAUAGUGAAGGACCGGACGAUUCUGACGGGAGUACCGGACAAUGUGGUCGCCACCUCCGGUUCGUCUUCCGGUCCGGUCGAGGGAGUCUUCCUCGGCGCGGCUUUCGAGGGGGACAACAGCAGGCACGUGAUUCCCUUAGGAACUUUUCACGACGUCCGGUUCUUGGCGUGCUUUCGGUUCAAGUUAUGGUGGAUGGCCCAGAAAAUGGGCGAUCAAGGAAGAGACAUCCCGCUCGAGACUCAAUUCCUAUUGGUGGAGACCAAGGACGGGUCCCACCUAGAAUCCGACGACGGAGACGAAGAGAAUCAGAUCGUCUACACCGUGUUCCUCCCCCUUAUCGAAGGCUCUUUCAGAGCUUGCUUGCAAGGCAACGCACAGGACGAGCUCGAGCUCUGUCUGGAGAGCGGCGACGCUGACACCAAAGCGUCGUCGUUUUCGCACUCGCUAUUUAUCCACGCCGGGACGGACCCGUUCUCUACAAUUGCUGAAGCAAUCAGGGCCGUUAAAGCUCACUUGCAGACGUUUCGUCAACGGCACGAGAAGAAACUCCCCGGAAUCGUUGACUAUUUCGGGUGGUGCACCUGGGACGCGUUUUACCAGAAGGUGACUCAGGAGGGCGUUGAGGCUGGGCUUGAGUCCUUAGCCGCCGGUGGCACCCCGCCGAAAUUCGUUAUCAUCGACGACGGCUGGCAAUCCGUUGGCUUCGACGAACAGCAGGGGUUGCUUAGGUUGACUGGGAUCAAAGAAAAUUCAAAGUUUCAAAAGAAGGACAAUCCGACGGUGGGGAUUAAGAACAUUGUGAACAUAGCGAAGCAAAAGCACGGGUUGAAGUACGUGUACGUGUGGCACGCAAUCACCGGGUAUUGGGGCGGGGUGCUACCCGGGAUCAAAGAAAUGGAGGAAUACGGAUCCCUGAUGAAGUAUCCGAAUGUGUCCAAAGGAAUUGUGGAGAAUGAGCCAACAUGGGAAACGGAUGUAAUGGCCGUACAAGGUUUGGGUCUAGUUGACCCCAAAAGCGUAUACAAAUUCUACAACGACUUGCACAGUUACUUGAGCUCUGCAGGUGUAGAUGGGGUUAAGGUGGACGUGCAGUGCAUACUCGAAACUCUCGGAGCCGGGGUGGGCGGUCGGGUGGAGCUCACCCGGCAGUACCACCAGGCUCUGGACGCGUCGGUGGCCCGGAAUUUUCCAGACAAUGGGAUCAUAGCGUGCAUGAGCCACAAUACUGAUGCGCUCUACUGCUCCAAACAGACGGCAGUCGUGAGGGCGUCGGACGAUUUCUACCCACGUGACCCGGUGUCGCACACGAUCCACAUUGCGGCGGUUGCGUACAACAGCGUGUUUCUCUGCGAGUUUAUGCUGCCCGAUUGGGACAUGUUCCACUCACUCCACCCGGCGGCUGAGUACCACGCGUCCGCCAGGGCCAUCAGUGGUGGGCCCAUCUAUGUCAGUGAUGCGCCUGGGAAGCACAACUUUGAGCUACUGAGGAAGCUGGUGUUGCCUGAUGGGUCGGUGCUCCGAGCCCGAUUGCCGGGAAGACCGACCCGGGACUGCUUGUUCUCAGAUCCGGCCCGAGACGGGGUGAGCUUGUUGAAGAUAUGGAACAUGAACAAGUACACAGGCGUGCUUGGUGUGUACAACUGCCAAGGAGCGGCGUGGAGCACCACAGAACGGAAGAACGCGUUCCACGAAACCAAGUCAGAAGCCAUCACAGGUUUCAUUCGCGGCCGCGACGUCCACCUCAUCGCAGAGGCCGCCGUCGAAGCCGAUUGGAGAGGGGACUGUGCCGUCUACGGUCACCGGACGGGAGAUCUGGUGACGCUGCCUUACAAUGCGUCCCUGCCCAUCUCUCUCAGAGUGCUUGAACACGAGAUUUUCACGGUGACCCCCAUCAGGGUUUUGGGCUCUGGCAUCAGUUUCGCUCCCUUGGGACUGGUGGACAUGUAUAACGCAGGGGGGGCCAUUGAAGGGUUGAGAUAUGAAGAGAAUGGAACUAAUGGUUUGGUUCGAUUGGAGGUUAAGGGGUGUGGCAGGUUUGGCGCCUACUCUUCAGCUAAGCCCAGGAGGUGUUGCGUGGGUUGCAAUGUGGUAGAUUUUGACUACAAUUCGUCAUCUGGGUUGGUGCGCUUGAGCUUGGACCAUUUGCCUGAGGAGGAGGAGGAGGAGGGUCAAAAAGUUCACGUCGUUCAGAUAGAGUUAUAA